AUGCACUCACCAGUAAGAAUAUUAUUAUGUCUUGCCUUGUUUUUUCUGAAGUCGUCACUAUCUGAUGAAACACCAGAUCAGUUAUGCAAUAAUUUGGAUGCUCAGCAAAGUUGUGGACAAUGCAUCAAAGCUCAUGCAGAAUGCGCUUGGUGCAUUGAUCCUCAUUCUUCUCUUGUUAAUCGGUGUCAAUUAAAGUCUAAGUUUACUAACGAAACUUGUACCCCUCAUUUGGUUUAUUCUCCUCAAACUGCCCAAGUCAAAACCCAACAGAAUCUUCCACUUGAAACUAAGCAACACGAUGGGAGAACCGUCGUUCGACUACAACCACAAGCCGUUUCAGUUCGACUCAUGCCUGGACACUCAUCGACAGUUACCUUCAAGUAUCUUCACCAAACUGAUGUGAAUAGACGAGGUACCGAGCCAGAAACCAUGGAGAUUCAAACUUCGGAUGUCAAAGAUUCGCCGAUCAACUUGACAUUUUAUAUUGUUUGCGACGGGGAAUUGAAAAAAACCAAAUCCUGCCGAGUCCAGAACAAUCAGAUUGUCGAAUUCAAAAUUGAGGUUACCGUCAACUCUUGUUCGAAUUCCGGCGAUGUUACACUCUCUGUUGGUAUUCUUGGACAACGAACAAUUGCUGGCAUAUACGUCACCACCAUCUGCGGGUGUGAAUGCGAAAAACAUCCAGAAAUAAACUCUCGGUUAUGCCAUCAGAAUGGUCAUUUGGUUUGUGGACAAUGUGUAUGCGAUCCAUCCCGCGGUGGAGACAAAUGUGAAUGUCCGUUGGCAACACUUGGAGUUUCGACUGCUUCAGAAUUAGAAGACAAGUGUAAAUUUAACUCCUCUACUCCAGUAUGCAGUUCUUCUGGAAAAUGCAAAUGUGGUCAGUGCCAGUGUAAUAGACCUACGGUGACAGGUAAAUUCUGUCAGUGCGACAAUGACAGCUGUCCGCUGUCUUCCAAUGGAAAAGUAUGCUCUGGAAACGGAGUUUGCGACUGCGGAACUUGCAAAUGUGAAAUGGGAUGGGAACGCGACGAUUGCUCUUGUUCAACGGCAUCAAACAACUGCGUGGAGAACGGGGAAUUGUGUUCCAAUAAUGGGCGAUGUGAAUGCAAUCGUUGCGAGCAGAAACCAAUGGAGAACAAGCCAACAGAUGAUCUUCCAGAAACUACAGCAGCUUCUGUAACAGAAACGACUUCAACUGCCGACCUUCCUUCAGACGAAGAGUUGGAAAAGGCAUUAGACGAUUCCGUCAAGUCGACAGAAGCAACUUCAUCGUCUGCCUUGAAAAUCUUCUGGCUUUUCUAUUUCUUGGUAGUGAUACUAUUUGCUUACUAG